CGUGGUUCCGUCUCACAUCUCGUUUUUUUUCCCUUCAUUCUGCUCUGCAUUCCUUCAAAAGAAAAUCCGUUCGUUCUGCCUGCAAAAAUUUACCAUGGACGGUACGAUCAGCCCCUCUGUCCUGCCUGUUCGCGGCCCAGCGCACCACGAACCGGUCGAGACCCCUCCACGAGCGCCAUCUCCAGUUCAUCGUUUCGGCACACUCGCAGUUCAUGCCGGUGCCCCCAUUGAACCUACAACCGGAGCCGUCAUCGCACCGAUAUCCCUGUCCACCACUUUCGCCCAGACUGGUGUUGGAAGGCCGAUCGGAGAAUACGAAUACACCAGAAGUGCAAACCCGAACCGUGACCAGUUUGAAAAAGCCGUCGCUGCAUUGGAACAUGCUCGGUAUGCAUUAGCGUUCUCCUCCGGAUCCGCUGCCACCGCCAACAUCCUUCAAUCGCUUGCCUCUGGAUCACACGUUGUUUCAGUGUCCGAUGUCUACGGUGGUACCCAUCGCUAUUUUACCAAGGUUGCCGCAGCACAUGGAGUUGAGGUCACAUUUUCUCCCUGCAUUGAGACUCAUAUCGAGACCCUGAUCCGACCUGAUGAGACCCGGUUAAUUUGGAUCGAGACCCCUUCCAAUCCAACGCUGGGUUUGGUAGACAUCCGCAAGGUCGCAACCAUUGCUCACCAGCAUGGAAUCCUGGUUGUCGUAGACAACACCUUCUUGAGCCCGUAUAUUCAGAAUCCUCUAGACCAUGGCGCCGACAUCGUCAUGCACUCCGUUACCAAGUACAUUAACGGGCACUCCGACGUCUUGAUGGGAGUGGCAGCAUUCAACUCUGAAGAUCUGAAAAAUAGACUGACCUUCUUGCAAAACGCCAUCGGUGCUGUUCCUUCUCCAUUCGACUGCUGGCUUGCCCACCGUGGUUUGAAGACCCUUCACUUGCGAGCACGGGAGGCAACUAAGAACGCAACUGCCGUUGCUCAAACCCUCGAGGCAUCUCCACAUGUCAUCUCCGUCAACUAUCCCGGUCUCAAAUCCCAUCCUCACCACGCCAUCGCUUUGAAGCAGCACCGCGACGGCAUGGGCGGUGGCAUGCUCAGUUUCCGCGUCAAAGGUGGACAGGAAGCCGCCGAGAGAUUCUGCCAGGCCACUCAAAUCUUUGUCCUUGCAGAAAGUCUGGGUGGCGUGGAGAGUUUGGUGGAAGUGCCCGGAAGCAUGACCCAUGCCGGUAUCCCCAAGGAACAGCGUGAAGUCGCCGGUGUUUAUGACGACCUGGUCCGCAUUAGCUGCGGUGUCGAAGACUCUGAAGACCUCAAAGCCGACGUACUCCAGGCGCUCGAGAAAGCCGUGGUUGCGCCCAAGCUAAAUAAACUUAACGGCGUUGCCAACGGACGAGCAUCCUAAUCCUGUUGCAAUCUUAUUGGUUUUCCUCCCUUCUAGAAACGAUAUUGUUACCUAAUGUUACGACGACUUGAUGACAGCACCCCCCUUUCCCCCGGCACGCCUGAUCUUCUGAACCCUUUCUUCACUUUUCGGUGCGGAGUACCUCUUCCGCAAAAAAGUACCUCUGUGGUUAAUAAUCCCCUAUCCUGCACAAGCAUUCAUGCUCUUUCCUCGUUUGCUCUUGACACCAACUUUCACUGGCAACGGUUAACUUGGUAUUUCUAUACCCAUGCUUCUACAAAAUUUUGGGAGGGAGCCCGAUUUUAUACAUAGACAUGGCGGCACAAGAGCUUACAUUUUCUGCUACAAUGAUCCAAUACGUUGGGUGGCUUAAAUUUUACAAUAGCAAUUAGACCGGAGAAUGACCCUCCGACGAAUGCUAGAAUAUCGUUGCGAUGCUA